AUGCCCCCCCGCGAAACCGCAAAGGCUAAGAGGGAGCGCUUAGCCCGCGAAGCCGAAGAAGCCCGUCUUGCAGAGGAGGUCGAAGCUGAGCGUAUCGCUGCAGAGGAGGCCGAAGCUGAGCGUAUCGCUGCUGAGAAGGCCGAAGCUGAUCGUACCGCUGCUGAGAAGGCCGAAGAGAAACGUAUCGCCUUUGAGAAGAAGCUUGAAGCCGACCGUAUUGCUGCUCAGAAGAAGAAGGCCGAAGAAGCCCGUAUUGCUGCCGAGAAGUUCGAAGCAGAGCGUGCCGAAUCAAAGCAGCGUCAUGAUGAGCUUAUGGAAAUGCUUGCUCACGCUGAGAAGGAAAUGGAUGAUGAAGCUCUCGAAGAGGAUCGUAUCAUCAAGAAGGAGCAACUUGAACGUCAGCUACGUAUCCUCAAACGCAAUGACGAUGAAGACUAUAGAGCUGCGAAGGAAGCUCUACGACGCGACUUUGGCGACCACACUUUCAAGCAUCUAGCUGAGGAGGUCAACGGGAUUCCUACCCCUACCUUUGACUACAAGGCCGAACGCCCUCCUGCGAACCCACAGUUGACCAUCUGGGCGUAUAUGAAUGCGUUGAAGAAUUGUUCCUACAAAGGCCUUACGCAUGUGAAGUUUGAUGAGAAUGAACUUCCUGAGGAGCCCAACUCACUCUUUUUGCGCAAGAAGAAAGGCAAGAACCUUGAGGCUGAGUAUACACUCAAAUUCUCGUCGCAGAAUGCCGAUGCCAUGCUUCGCCAUCUGUACGGAUUCGUAAUGCCUGAAUCGCUUCCGUGCAACAAGUGUAUGUCUGGUAAUGGUGCUCUUGCCCAUUGCCGUGUUACGGCUCCGUCUGAGGGCUGCGCCAAUUGCCUCUGGAACCAUUCGGGACCGAACUGCAGCUACAUCAGGGCGACUCCCAAGAAGCGCAAGGCUGUGUCUGAUGCCAUCUCUGUCACCAGUGGUAGCAGUAGCUCUUCGUCUGACAGCGAAGAGGACCCUAUGGACACGUUGAAGGACUUCACUGAGAAGGAGUGUCGCAGACUCUCUCGAUUCUUCCGCAAGGUUACUGACCACAAGAAGAAGAAGAAGAAGUCCAAGGGCAAGGGCAAGUCCAAGUCCAAGAAGGCGAAGGGCAGCAAAUAA